AUGGCUACGGUGCUACCCCCUCCGUCCAAGCGCCAAAAGCGCGAAAACUUGGAAAAAACACAGAUACAGCAAGAUGUCACCGCCGUCGUGGCUGGCCCCGCGGGCUCGUUCAAGGCUCGGUUUCUCGACAGCGACGGAAAGCAGAUGGCCGAUGUCAUCGAAGUGCCUCUCGCUGAUGCAUCUGAGAAAAACCUAUCAUUAUUGUUAAACACGCUGCUGGCUAGGGAAAGGGAAGAAUUCCUCCCGUAUCGCUUCCGAAUACACAUCCCAGAGACGGACAUUAUCGUCGAUCAAUACCCGACCGACCUGCUCCAACUUUUACGCAGCCAUGGCAUUGAGAAUCCAUUUGAAACCACCGUUACGCUUAGCGCCGAACCGCAAGCUGUUUUCAAAGUCCAAGCAGUCACGCGGAUGUCUCAUAGAAUACCUGGGCAUGGAGAAGCAAUCUUGGCUGCUCAGUUUAGUCCUGCCACCAGUACCCUAUUGGCAACAGGUUCUGGAGAUAAAACUGCCCGGAUAUGGGAUACGGCAACCGGCACUCCCAAGUACACCCUGUCUGGUCAUGCGCACUGGGUUCUGUGUGUUUCUUGGUCCCCCGAUGGUAUGCGCUUGGCCACUGGAAGUAUGGACAAGUCUGUACGACUUUGGGAUCCUGCGACAGGGAAAGCUGCUGCCGGCACCGGAGCUUUGACAGGGCAUUCCAAGUGGGUUACCAACAUUGCCUGGGAGCCGUAUCAUCUUUGGGAGAAUGGAUCCCCCCGGUUGGCGAGUGCGAGUAAGGACACAACAAUUCGUGUUUGGGCAGUAAACACAGGACGGACCGAGCAUGUCUUGUCCGGCCACCGGAGCAGCGUGAGCUGCGUCAAGUGGGGAGGAACUGGAUUGAUCUACUCGGGCAGCCAUGACAAGACAGUCAGGAUCUGGAACGCCGAGAAGGGAACACUGGUGCACACGCUAUCAUCUCAUGCCCACUGGGUAAAUCACCUGGCUCUAUCUACCGACUUUGCACUACGCACGUCAUUCUACGAUCACCAGCCAACGCCAAGCGGCGAGGAGGAAAGACGGAACAAGGCAAAGGAGCGUUUUGAGAAAGCAGCCAGAUUCCAGGGAAAGAUUGCUGAACGUCUUGUAUCAGGCUCCGACGACUUCACCAUGUACCUAUGGGAUCCUUCCCAAGGCACAAAGCCGGUCGCACGGCUUCUGGGACACCAAAAGGCCAUCAACCACGUGACAUUUUCCCCUGAUGGCAGUCUCAUCGCGAGUGCCGGAUGGGACAAUCACACCAAAAUCUGGAGCGCAAGGGAUGGCAAAUUCAUCAACACACUCCGCGGCCAUGUCGCGCCCAUAUACCAGUGUGCUUUCUCUGCCGAUAGUCGGCUCCUCGUGACAGCAUCCAAAGAUACCACAUUGAAAGUGUGGUCGAUGGCUACGUAUGAAGCACCUUGUGAGCAAGGCCUGAUGGACCAGUCGUAUGCCCAGCUCAAGGGGAAUUCCAAGGAGAGCCAAGCCCCUGCGCCAAUUACUUCCGAGUCUGCCCUGUGA